AUGGGUUUCAGUCUCAACAACCCCCUGCCCUCUUCCAUGAGCAGCGAAUGUCGCAAGACAGGAAAGAUUCUAGCAUCCUUUGUCGACCCCAGGCAAGCCUUUGGACCCGACAAGAUUAUUCCCCCGAAUGUUCUCGCCAAUGCAAAGGGUCUCGCGAUUCUCACAGUAUUCAAGGCUGGCUUCCUCGGCACAGCGCGAUUUGGUUCAGGUGUCGUUGUCGCUCGUCUCGCUGACGGAUCGUGGUCGGCGCCCACAGCCAUCGGAACCAUCGGCGGCGGCUUCGGCGGACAAAUUGGUUUCGAGCUCACCGACUUCGUCUUCAUCCUGAACGAUGCAUCGGCAGUGCGUACAUUUGCGCAGGCAGGAUCUUUAACACUUGGUGGCAACGUCUCUAUCGCAGCGGGGCCAGUUGGUCGCAAUGCCGAGGCUGCCGGCGCGGCGAGUUUGAAGGGCGUAGCGGGCAUCUUCAGCUACAGCAAAACCAAGGGACUUUUCGCGGGUGUCAGUCUCGAGGGAAGCGGUAUCAUCGAGCGGAGAGACGCCAACGAGAAGCUGUACGGCCGCCGAUGGACUGCGCGCGAGAUUCUCAGCGGACAGGUUCCCCCACCACCAGCCGCCGCCCCGCUCCUGCAGGUGCUCAACUCAAGAGUCUUUGCUGGCGUUGGAGGAGCCCAGAAUGUUACGAACGAUGCCAUGUACAACGACAUCCCCGUCUAUGACGAUUCGCGCGACAAUGUAGUAUGGCAAGGGCGCCAGGGUUCAGCAAUGGGCGAAGGCGUACGGAGGGAUCGUACAGGUUCUCUAGGCCAAGGAAACAACGACUACGAAUAUAGAGACCGACCACAGCGUUCUUCCGGCUGGGAAGAUGAUGUUUACGACCGGCAGCCAUCCUCAGCACCCCUCGGCCGAUCCUUCUCCACGCGCGCGAACCCCAACGAGACAUUCGACCGCAUGGACACACGGAAUCGCUCCUCCACUUUCGGCGACGACUACUCAUACAGCGAUCGCAAGCCCGGCCGACCGACAGCUCCAAAGCCAGCAGAGUCGGAAACAGAGAAGGCAUCUUCCCAAGCAACUAUGUCGAGACUGUCUAGGGUCUUUAUCCCUAAUGCUUGUAUAUCUGACACCAUGACGGCAUCAUCUUGGAAAGAAACAGCAACGCAGAAGCGCGAGGCCAUCUUGGCCGCUAUACCGAAAGAAUGGCGACUAGAGAAGUUGCCGUCUGUAGAGGAACAAGUUGAUGUCACCGAAUACGUGAAGCAGUACUUCAGCGAGAAGGAGCUCCAGAUCACAGAAAGCAGCGCAGAUGUUAUUGCGAAAACAGUGGCUGAAGGAAAGUGGACCGCUGAGGAGGUCACGAGGGCAUUCUGCCACCGAGCCGCAGUGGCGCAUCAGUUGCUGCACUGCCUACAUGAGAUCUUCUUCGAUGCUGCCAUUCAGGACGCAAAGGCCCUCGAUGCAUACUAUGCCAAACACAAGAAGACACUUGGGCCUCUUCAUGGCCUACCUAUCUCACUCAAAGAUCAGUUUCACGUCAAAGAUGUCGAGACCAGUAUGGGUUACGUAGGCUGGAUCGGCACCUUCGAAGGUAAGAAGGGUACUGGUAAAGAGAAGGUCUUUGAGAGUGAGAUGGUGAAGAUGCUACGAAAUGCGGGCGCUGUGUUGUACUGCAAGACGAGCGUGCCGCAUACUCUUAUGAGUGGCGAGACGGUCAACAAUAUCAUUGGAUAUACUCUUAACCCGAAGAACAGGCAUUUGACGGCAGGUGGUAGCUCAGGUGGCGAGGGCGCAGUGAUCGGAAUCAGAGGAUCACCAGUAGGAUUCGGUACUGACAUCGGCGGCUCUAUCCGUAUCCCCGCCGCCUUCAACGGACUGUAUGGCCUCCGUCCUUCUACCGGUCGUCUGCCAUACGAAGGCAUGGCAAACUCAAUGGAAGGGCAAAACACCGUCCUUUCCGUAGUUGGACCUCUCGCGACAAACGCAGCAUCCCUACGCCUCGUCACUCAAGCCCUCCUUCAACAAGAACCAUGGCUUCACGACCCAUUAGUCCAUGAAAUCCCCUGGCGUGCCGAUCAAGAGUCCGAGAUUAAGUCUGCAAAGAAGCUUUGCUUCGGCGUCUUACGAACAGACGGCAUAGUGAACCCCCAUCCACCCGUCAGCCGCGCGAUCGAAAUGGUCGUCAAAGCUUUGCGCACCGCUGGACACGAAGUCAUCGACUGGCAACCACCCUCCCACCGCACUAUCAACGACACCGGUUUCAACUCGUGGAUCUACGAUGCCGGAAAAGAUGUUCGUUCCGCAUUUGCGCUCUCAGGCGAACCCAUGGCGCCUCAGGUCUCGUUUUACCAAUCCCUUGAAAAGGAGUACACUGCCAGCGAGAUCGCCGCUAUAAACGUCGAGGUGCGCCGGUUGAAGAAGGAGUACAUGGAGUACUGGAACAGCACUGUUGACAAAACGGGUACGGGUAGGCCCGUCGAUGCGAUCAUUUGUCCUCUUGCGCCGUUCCCUGCUGCGAGAAAAGAAAAGUACAAAUAUUAUGGCUACUCGACGUGGGUGAAUACGCUGGAUUACACAAGUGUUGUUGUGCCGGUCACGAAUGCGGAUAAGAGCGUUGAUAAGAAGGAUGAAGGUUACAAAGAGAUUGAUGAGCAGGAUAAGAGAACUCAGGACGACUACGACCCGGAGAUUUAUGACGGUGCACAUGUCAGUGUGCAGCUUGUUGGGCGGAGAUUGCAGGAGGAAAAGAUGCUUGCGGUUGCGGAGUAUGUAGGCAAUCUUCUCCACACGUAG